UGUGCAUUCUAUUCUGCAUUCAUCAUUGGGGCUUCAAUGGCAGGGGCAAUCAACGCUAAUGACACAUCUAAAAGGUAUGCAGUUGUGACAGGAGGAAACAAAGGGAUUGGGUUUGAAAUAUGCAGGCAGUUAUUAGGUUCUGGUGAUGGAGUUACGGUGGUUUUGACUGCCAGAGACGAGCAGAAGGGAAAGGAAGCUGUGGAGAAACUCAGAGCUUUUGACUUCUCCCAUGGUGAUGUGCUCUUUCACCACCUCAAUGUUACCGAUCCCUCCACCGUCUCUACCCUUUUUCAUUUCGUCAAAACCAAUUUUGGAAGACUUGAUAUUUUGGUGAAUAAUGCUGGAGUUAGUGGAUUGGAUAUUGAUGAAAACGUUUUAAAAUCUUCAGAGGGAGGUCAAGUCCAUUGGUCCAAAGCACUUUUCCACACUUAUGAGUUGACUGCUGAAUGCAUUGAGAUAAAUUACUAUGGAUCAAAGAGAAUGACUGAGGCAUUUCUUCCCCUCCUUCAAUUGUCUAAAUCUCCCAGAAUAGUAAAUGUCAGCUCUGCUGAGGCAAAAUUGGAGAAAAUACAUGAUGAGUGGGCCAAAGGAAUAUUAAACAAUGUUGAAAGUCCACCUGAAAAGCUUGAUGAAGUGGUGAAUAAAUACUUGGAAGACUACAAAAAUGGUCGCUUAGAACAUACUGAAAGGUUUCGAGUCCCGUCGGCCUACUCCGUUUCCAAAGCAACUAUGAAUGCUUAUGCAAGAACCAUAGCACACAAAUAUCCUUGUUUGCAGGUCAACUGUGUCAACCCUGGCUAUGUUAAGACAGACUUAACCUAUAACAGCGGUCUGAUUACGGUGGAGGAAGGAGCUCAGAGUAUUGUGAGAGUGGCUCUACAGCCUGAAGAUGGACCUUCUGGCGUCUUCUUUGAUCGUCAAGAAAUUAUAUCAUUUUAAUAACUUCGAAUUAAUUCCAAUUAUGGUCUCAUCUCUCGCUUAUUAUAUUGUGUUUUCUAUUUUGAUUUUCAUGUUUGAAAUAUGUGUUUAAUUUUUUUUCAUUAUGUGGUCUCUAAAGACUUAAUAAGACCGAGAGAAUUGAGAUUGGUAUCAAUAAUUUAUGUUUGUA